GCGGGUUCCAGCUCCGGCCCGGGGCCAAGUGUGUGCGUCAUCGACGAGGUUGGGAAGAUGGAGCUCUUCAGCCAGCCUUUCAUCCAGGCCGUUCGCCGGACGCUGUCCACCCCGGGGACCAUCGUCCUGGGCACCAUCCCCAUACCGAAGGGCAGGCCGCUGGCCCUUGUGGAAGAAAUAAGAACCAGAAAGGACGUCAAGGUGUUCAGCGUCACCAAGGAAAACAGAAACCACCUUUUGCCAGAGAUUGUGGCGUGCGUGCAGAGCGGCGGGAAGUGAGGGUCAAUCACUGCUGCUGCUGCUCUGCUCGCGAGACACGUGCCAGCUGGAGUGGCGCCCCUGCCCCGCCCGCCAGGGUUUCCGCCCUGGGCUUCGUGAGCCCUCGGAGGCUCUGCCAGAGAAAGCCCGACAGCUGUUCUCCAUAAAAUGUUUAAAGGAUCAAAUGAGCCUUAAUGCUGGAUCAACUCCACAAGAUUAAUAAUCCAUCGUGGCUUAUUUAUGCCGAGAGAUUUCUGUUUAUUUCCUCUUGCAAUUGUGCGUAAGAUUUGGGCAAAUUACGAAAUGAGAAAUGGUUUUCAGAGUAUUAGGUGGAAUUGGCCGCCAUUGAAGUUUAUAAAUGUGUUCAGGGAAGGGGGAGAAAAGAGUUCACGGCUUAAUCAGUUUCGCAUGUCAUGAGAAUUGAACCCCUCCAGGAGCGGCUGUGGCCUCGUGCCGCGCAGAGUGGUAACAGUUAUUUGAUUUUUUAAAAAAUUAGUAUUUAAAAAAAAUUUCAGGUCCUCCCCUCACCCAUCUCAUUGUUUAUUUGUUUGAUUAUUGCUUAAUAAAAUGAAGAUAAACGUGG